GGACGAUGUGUGAUAACCCUGUGGCUUGAUAUGCCGCGAUGUCGAGCUUGGAUUGCAUGAAGUGGUCUGAUCGUGAGAUUUCAGCUUGGAGUCAGUCAAACAUUUCCCAGUUCGCCGGCAAGAUGUGGUUCUCUACGAAUAUUUUGGUUUUCUUAGCAGCGUCUACUUUAGUCCAGGGUAGCAUGCGGUUUCAUUUCACCCUGGAUUUCCACGUAAUGCAGCCCCCGAAUGCGACCGACACCAUCGACAAGACCAUUAUUGUGGAGAACAAUCGGAUAUCCAUGGUGGACAACGAAGGGACGACUACUAAGGCUCCGAUGACCCAGUGGACGGAUCAGGAUCAGUAUAACCAGGACGCUUUGCAGAAGGUGAUCGAUACGCGCAGAUCGGUGCAACAGCUAAAUACGGAGCUAUCACCCUUGGCUGGCAGAAGCACCGAUUUGGCCAGGAGAAUUAAACAGAGUAUGCGAUACGUCAACGGGGUGGAUGCUGGCCUGGAAGAUUUGACCAACUUUGGGCAGUUGGUGGAGCUGCUCAAGAAAUUCGUUACCCUAGUAGAUAACCUAAGGGAUCCAAACAAUCUCGGAGGUAUCCGUAGCCUGGAGUACGUACUCCUCAAGCUAGCUCUGGAGAAGUACGACCUUCCCAACAAGCGACAAGAGAUCGGUGAAUACUUGGAAAGGGCGGAGAGUGCCUGGCGAAGAUACCAAAACACGCAGGUGGUUCUACUGGAUAACUCCACCUGAGUCGGGCUCAGUUACCUAGGGCUCUCUUAUUCCUGCCGACCAUAUUAGGAAUAUAGUUUUAGGAUAAGACAG